AUGUCCUUGACAAAAUCAAAUCCAAAGCCAAAUUCGAACUUCAACUUGAACUUGAAUUUGAGCCUGGACUUACCAGGAAACAAGAUUUUUCUCGAAUCUCACGUCAACGCCUACCUCGAAUAUUUCAAUCCUAUUCCGGCGUACAGCUUCGUCCACAAAGCCUCCUUCCUCCGGAACUUUCAUCACAAUAAACUCGAUUCAAUAUUCCUUCGCUGUGUCUGUGGAAUCGCCUCGCGCUUCCUUCAAAGAAGUAGUCCACGCCAGGACUACGCGUCUGAAUGGCUGAAGGAGGUCGAAGGGCAGGUGUGGCCUAGAAUAGCCGAAAUGAAAAUAGAAAAUCUACAAAUUCUCUUGCUUCUCAUCUGCUGGUACUCACUCGAUCGGAAGAUCUCGAAUAUGUGGACAUCUUCGGCCAUGGCAGCAAGAAUCGCCUAUGGGAUGCGUUUGAAUUAUGAGAGUACCGAUCCGAUGCCCUUCGUUUCCAAAGAGGUUCGACGUCGCAUUAUGUGGUCCAUCUUCAUGUUGGACAAAUUCUACUCUGGGGGGUUUGCAGAAUUGACCCUUUGCAAGGCGAGCACGAUGCAUCUCAAUUUGCCAUGCGAGGAAAGAAAUUUCGAGCUAGAUAUCCCUACCGCUACGGCAACCUUGACACCCACUUCUCCUCCAGGGACAUUGGAGGAUGGAAUAGGCUUGAUGGGUCAUAUGCCUAGACUUGUCAAAAUACGCCACGAAGUUCUGGAGUAA